AGCGUCCGAGGUUCGCGUUGUUGAUCGCGCCAGCCUGCGGGGAGCGCUCGGGAGAGCCAAGCCCCACCCGCCGACUCGCAAUCGCGAUCGCCUUCACCCGGGCUUUUGUAGCGCUCUCACCUGUUGGCGCCGCUCUCUCUCACCUGUCGUCGCUCUCACCUGUUGGCGCUCUCACCUGUUGGCGCUCUCACCUGUUGGCGCUCUCACCUGUUGGCGCUCUCUCUCACCCGUCGUCGCUCUCACCUGUCGCCGCUCUCUCUCACCCGUCGUCGCUCUCUCUCACCCGUCGCCGCCCUCUCUCACCCGUCGCCCGCAUUCUAGCCACGCCGACCCGCCGCCACCGCCGCCGCUGCCGCCGCCGCCGCCGCCAUGUCCGAGCGAAAGGUGCUCACCAAGUACUACCCCCCCGACUUCGACCCGUCCAAAAUCACCCGCCAGCGCGCCCCCAAGAAUGCCGGCCCCCGUCUGCAGACGGUCCGUCUCAUGGCCCCGUUCUCCAUGAAGUGCACGCACUGCGGCGAGUUCAUCUACAAGGGCCGCAAGUUCAACGCCCGCAAGGAGACGACCGACGAGAAGUACUACGCCAUCGCCAUCUUCCGCUUCUACAUCCGCUGCACCCGCUGCUCCGGCGAGAUCACCUUCAAGACGGACCCCAAGAACAUGGACUACGAGUGCGAGCGCGGCGCGAAGCGCAACUUUGAGCCCUGGCGCGAGGCCAAGCUCGCCGAGGAGACCGAGGAGGAGCGCCUCGACCGCCUCGAGCGCGAGGACGCCGAGCGCGACGCUAUGAAGGAGCUCGAGACCAAGGUCGUCGAUGCCAAGACCGAGAUGGCCAUUGCCGACGCCCUCGACGAGAUCCGCUCGCGCAACGCCCGCAUCGCCAAGGCCGAGCAGGACGGCACCAGCGCGCGCCCUGCAUCCCCCGACGACGCCGACGCCGACGCCCGGCGCCAGCAGCAGGAAGACGCCGACGCCGAAGCUGCGCGCAGAGCGUUUGCCGCCCGCGCCAUGCCGGAUCUGCGCGAGGAGCCCAUCGACGACGCCCUGCUGGACGAGCCCAUGGAGCCCGCAGUCCCCGCCUUCACCACAAAGGCCAGGGGGAAAAAGGACUUUAGCGCCGCCCUCGGCAUCAAGAAGAAAGCCCCACCACCGGGCAUCAAGAAGAAAGCCCCACCACCGGCCGUCUCGGCAUCCAAGCCUGGGCCCGCGCCCUCGAAGCUGUCGACCGUGCUGGUCGCAGGCUACGACAGCGACGACGACUGAGUUUUGUGCAGGACGGGCACUUCACGGCGUUUGGCGCGGGACGGGAGAGAUCAUGUUCAAUCUUGCUAGCGGGAUGGCAGUCCGAGACGCACGAAUCAAUCGCCAUCUUCCCAUCUUCUUGAGAGGAUGAGGAUGAGGAUGAGGGUGAGGAUGAGACUGAGGAUGAGGAUGAGGAUGAGGAUGAGGAUGAGGAUGAGGGUGAGGGUGAGGAUGAGACUGAGGAUGAGAAUGAGACAGGAUGAGAAUGAGAAUGAGAAUGAGAAUGAGACAGGAUGAGAAUGAGAAUAAGAAUGAGACUGAGAAUGAGAACGAGACUGAGAAUGAGAACGAGACUGAGAAUGAGAACGAGACUGAGGAUGAGAACGAGGUCCAACCCUCUUCUUAAUCAAGCGAGAAUAAAGGCCCAGCC